AUGGCAGACUCGACAACAAUCCAACGUGCGGAGGAGCUGGUGGCUCAGGCCAGAGCAUGCAUCGAACAACGCCAACUCCAGAAAGCAACCCAACUAGCCAAGGAAGCUGCAUCUCUGGCACCUACCAACCAAAACGUUCAAGCCUUGAUUCAAUCUCUGUCAAAUGCAGAUUCAAGCGGAAGUCAGAUUCUCUCUUUGGUCAAAAGCUAUGUGGAGAAUGGAAACGAGAAGGAUGGCCGAGAAGCUGUAACGUUGUUGAAGCAACAUGCUGCUGUAUCCACCGACCAGAUUACCGAUGUCGCUCAUUUGCUCUUCGAUCAUGAUGGAAAGCCUACAGAAAUCAGAGAUCAGUUGACUGGUGCUUUCGUCAUCAACUCGGCUGCAGCACGCAAACAGCUUGCCAGCAGGAUCCAAGUCGGCACAGAAGCAACCCGAUACUUCCGUUUACUCUGGAGACGUGGUGAACACAGUUUCAACAGCAUCUUGCCGGUCCUCUUGGAUGCAGAAGCAUGGCCCAGCACAGAUGUCCAGACACAAGCCAAAAGAGACGCUUUCUUGCUUGCCCUCGGCAAACUCCUAGAUCCAGCUCUGGAGCAUGGCGAGUGGAGCAUGACUCUCAUCGCCAGACUGCUCACUAGCAAUGCGCAUGACAUGGCAGGACUCAUCGACCGCGAUGCCUUUGAGAUUGUACUCGCACAGCUGGAUAUCCGUCUCAAUGCCAAAAUCAGAGCACAGGCAACCCUCGCUGUUGCGAAAUUACUGGAAGAAACUCGCGAGGAAGGUGAAGCCAUGUUUACUGAUUACAUUACCAAUGGCGUUGCCAAAGGACAUAAUGACGAGUUGAUUGUGGUCUUUUCGGCAGCGGCCUCGGUGUUUCCUCUGAUGCCGCAGACUGUGGCUAAGUUGUUUCUCACUCCUGGAUUCCUGGAAGGCUUGGUACCUGUGCUGGAGAGAAACUCGAUGGGACAGAGAGAGAGUAUCUCAAAGAUUGCCUACAACUGGCUCGACGAUGUGGCACAUACGAGUACAGAGGCAGAGGCCGCGAGUAUGGCUGCCUUGGUGCUAGCAAAGAUUCCGCCAAAACCUGAAUCUGAGGAGUCUUCAGUGACACACGCAGACGACCUUUCAACUCUCCUAGUCAACCUCACACUCAACGCAAGCAGUCCUGCAGAACAACAGAGCUCGAUAGAGGGUCUGGCAUACACAUCACUUCAGCCGAAGAUCAAAGCCGACAUCGUGUCCAACUCCGCCUUACUCAAGAAGCUGAUCGAGCGCCUCAAGUCGACAACGACGGCUGACCCCUGCACUUUUGGCAUUCUGACCAUCUUCUCAAACCUGGUCUCGUACCGACCAGCCCAAAGCGAAGAGCAGCAAAAGAUUUCCCAGCUCAAGAACUACGCCGAGGCCAAGAAGCAAGAAGAAANNAAAGACCCUCUGGAUGACGAAAAGCACGUAACAGCACGCUGCAAGACAGUGCUGGAUGCAGAUCUCGUACCCGUCCUCGUAGCAGCGGCUAGAAGCCACUACACAGUAACGAUCCUCGGCAUAGCAGCAAAAAUCCUCCACGCCCUCGCACGCGAGCAAAAGCAUCGCGGCAAACUCGCCCAACAAGGCGCUGUAAAGCUCCUCCUCCAAACCAUCGACCGUCUUCAAACACCCACAAGCCCUGCCUCGUCUUCCGACUCUGCAACCGCAGCCAUCCACCUAGCCGCCCACGCACUCGCCCGCAUCCUCAUCUCCGUAGACCCCCACCACGUCUUUAGCAGAGCCAUGCCCGCCAUCUCGGCCCUUCGCCCUCUAGCCCUCCUCCUCACCCCCGAUACCACAUCCGACACUCGCGAUCUGCUGCCCGUCUUUGAAUCAUUACUCGCCCUCACCAACCUCGCCUCCCUCGAAGACGACACGGUCAAAGACGCCCUCCUCCGCAAUGCCUGGGACCCAACCCAAGACCUCCUCCUCUCGUCCAACAAACUCGUCCAACGCGCUUCUGUAGAACUUGUCUGCAAUCUCAUGGCUUCCCCUGCGGGCGUCGCCAAAUACGCCGAUGGCAGUGCGGCCGCCAAACAACGCUUACACAUCCUUUUGGCACUGGCAGAUGCAGAAGACGAUGCUACUAGACGCGCUGCAGGUGGUGCGCUAGCUAUGCUGACCGAGUGGGAUGCAGCUGCAAAAGCCGUGCUUGAACACGAUCGUGGCGUGGCUAUCUUGUUGGAUAUGUGUGUUGACGAUGCCGAUGAUGUCAAACAUAGGGGUUUGGUGUGUGUACUCAAUAUCGUGUCUGCGCCUGGCGAGAUCGGUGCAAUGGGAUUGGAGAAGGUCGUGCAGAGUGAUGGAGUGGAAGAGAUCAAGGCUUCGUUGCGUGAGUGCAGAGAUCCAAAUGUCAUGGCUGUUGGUGUCGAAGUUCUCAAGGCUAUUAUGGCCAAGGAAGGAGCCAACAAGGGGAAAGCGAUCACACAGGGUUAG